GUAAAUUUGAAUCAAAUCUCCUAAUAAAACUAAAAAAGAAAGUAGAUUUAAAGUUAUUAACAUCACAUGUCUUUAAAGACAGAAAAAUAGACAACAAAUACAAUCACAUUUUAACAGGAAAUUAAUUUCAAGAAUGUCUCAAGAUCCUGAUUAUUACCGGACUGUAUCACUGAAACUGUCAGACGUGCUCAAUGAUAUUGGUGUAAAUGAGAGAAUGGUUCUGAAGAUGAGGAGGACAGUCUUGUUGAGGGAAACUAUGCACACUAGUAAACACACAUUGAUGGGCCUGAAUGCUUCUUUUGUCUAUCAUUUUGGUAGCAGGUCUGAAGGGUCUACAACAAUAGGGCUCCAAUCAGACUUUGAUACACUCGUGUGCAACAGUGAGUUUAAUGUGAUACAGGACUGGAUUGAGUGGCAACCUGGCCGGCACAAUCUACUGAUGAUCCAGGAUGAGACCACAUCACCAGGUUACUGUCUACUACAACAUUUGCGGGAUGAUGAGCCGCUUCCUCUUCCUAAUUCUUUCCUUGAUCAUAUACCAGAUAGUAAUCUUAGAGUUAGCAGAGGUAAAGUGCUGCUGAAGAACACAGUUUUUAGAGAUGUCAUUAGAGCAGGAAUUGUAAUAAAUGGUCCUGCUUCAUCAUUGCAAGGAAGGCCAGGUUUUCCUGAUAAAGAUUUUGUUGCAGCAUACCACUGUAAAUCAUGGCCUGCAGAAGCCCAGUCUUGGUUAUUAAGACAAGGCAAAGGAAAAUGGCCUACAGAAAACAUGAAGAGAUAUUGUGAGACUACAGGAUGCUUUGUGGUGCCAGUGAGCAGUAAAAAUAGCCAGAAUGAAGAACUUGAAUGGAGAAUAUCUACUUCCCUUGCUGAAAGAUGUCUGAUGUUCAGUUUAAACAUCACAGAAUUAAGGUGUUACAUCCUGAUGAAGAUGAUUCUUAAAACAUUCAUGAAUCCUCAGUGUGAUUCUGUCCUUUCAAGUUUCAUGUGCAAAACUGUUUUAUAUCAUUGUAUACAAAAUACACAUUCAAAUAACUGGCAGCAAUCUAACUUACUCCCAUGUUUGAUGUGCUGUCUUACAAUAUUGCAGAACUUUGUUACACAAGAAAACUGUCCACAUUUUACAAUACCUGAAAACAACCUGAUGGCCGGAAGAAUUUCUCCUCACAACAAACAUAAAAUUUUUGAAAUCCUACAAAAUAUCAUACAAAGUAAGGGUUGUGCACUGCUGGAGAUUUCUAUUGAUGACCUUGGUAGGAGACUGCAGGUGAAGAUGAACAUGGUUGAAGCUUUUCAGUAUUACCCAACUCCAGCUCAAAUACAUUCCAAUAUUUCAACAGAGCUGCUAAAUUCUACUGCAGAAGCAGUAAGUGCCUGUCACCUUCUCCUUUUAACAGAAAUAAGGCAUGAUGGAAAUGAGAUAGUGCGUGAAAAUUUAUCAAACUUAAUGUUAACACUAACUAAAAUGUACAGGAAAAUGGGUUUUAAUUGUCUGGGAAAAUCUGCAAUGAAGCUUUUAGCACCUCUGCUUUCAUCUUCCUUAGGGUCUGUGAUAGCAUCUCAUGACAUUUACACUACUCACAGUAUAUCCUCUGAAGCACUUGGCUGGUUUUCAGUUGGUUUGAACUCAGAUGUGUCAUCUGGUAGAUUGAAACUUGCAUCAGCAUUAUAUUGUGCAGGAGAUAUGGAAAGAGCAGAGUUUGUUCUGAGGAAUACUGAAGCUAAGUAUGAUCUGAAUACUGUUGAACCUGCCAGUGGAUGUAUUGAACAACGCAGAAGUUACCAAAGGUCAGAAUUCAUCAAUAAUUGUAACAAUGGAAAUGAAGAGGUGAUGCAACAUUACACAGCAUUUUGUGUUAGAUUUCUGCAGUGUGAAAUUUGCUCUGUUCCUGAAGAGCUACAGUAUGAAAUGUUUAGAUCUACACAAGAGGACAGGCUUGAAAGGGAUGAAGAACUUGACAGUUGGAUGGAUUGGGCUGUGGUAGAUUCUCUAACUUACCUCUACUUCCUACAGUACAAGACUUACAGUGCUCUACAGAGAGUGGCAGACCAACAAUGUGCUCUUGCGAACCUUGUCACUACCGUUGAAACAGAACCAAACCUACAUCACAAGGAAACAGCCCUGAACUUACUAGGACAGUGUAUGGAACAGGAAAACCGACAUACUGAUGCUCUACGCUGCUACAUGAUCUCUCUAAAUAUCCGAGGGCGAAACAAUGCUGCAAACUUACUGAUAUGUAGACUUCUCAAUAAGAUAGUUAACAUGCAGGAAAAUACAAUGUGCUGAACAGGGUAUUCUAUGGAACAUGCAGGAAAAUACACUGAGCUGAACAGGGUAUUCUAUGAAACAUGUGUAUCUACAUAAAGAUACUAUAUGUUGCUACAAAACACUCUUAUGAAUGAUCUGUUAUUCAUACAAGUGCUAUACAGGCAAUGUAGAGGACUUAAUGUUAAAGUCAUUCAUGAAGAAAAAUUGUAUGAACCGAUGUACACUACAUACAAACAAAAGCUGUCUAAUGACAGUGUGCUUGACUAUUUGAGACCCUUGCACAUUCAACAGCUUUAUCAAAAUUUUCUUUAGAAUAGAGCAUAAUUUUGUAAACUGUCAACAGGCAAUAUGAAAUCUGAUUUACAAUGGUCAUUUCACAAUGUUGAUGGCUACUGAAGAGUUUUAAAGGAUUCAAUUAAAUCAAUGCAAAUUAUUGCAGUUCCGGUAACAUGUUGGAAAAAAUUAGGAUAAGUAGGCAGGAAAAAUAUUUCAUUUUCAAAACCUGUUUUAUUUUGCUAAACUAAACUGUAGCAGGAAUAGAUGAUUUUGAUACUGCUAUCAUACAGAAAGGAUAUAACAUCUCUGAUCGUACAUUUCUGAAUGGAUAUGUCUGCUAUUUCAUAUCAAAUUUAACAUUUUCUUCUCUAUAUUAUCAUUAAGAUUGACCAAAUAAAAUGCAACCUUUA